AUGUUGCAAACCAUUGAGCAACCGCACGCAAAAUCAAUGUAUUUCAAUGCGCUGCCCACACCUCCUGUCUCCAACACGGCUUCACCAUCCACUUCAUCUUCUGCCGCAAAUACCGACAACAAUACUACCAUGUCGAUGCCAAAUCAACACCACAUCCUGAUCGUGACCGGUCCCGCAGGAUGCGGCAAGAGUACUGUGGCUCAGUUCCUCGCUACACGCUAUGGUUUUGACUACAUUGAGGGUGACGAGUACCACCCAAAAGCGAACAUUGACAAGAUGGCUGCCGGAAUCCCGCUCAAUGACGAGGACCGCUGGGACUGGCUCAUUCUUCUCCGAGACUCAGCGCUCACCAAGUUGAAGGAAGGCGCCAAGGGCGUCGUGGUCACCUGCAGCGCGCUCAAGAAGAAGUACAGAGAUGUCAUCCGCACCGCCAAACUCUACGACGAGAACCUAGAGGCCAACGUCCACUUUGUCUACCUUCGCGCUGACAAGGAGACUCUUCUCGCUCGUGUUCGCGCCAGGAAGGGCCAUUACAUGAAGGAUGCCAUGGUCGAGAGCCAGUUCGCCGUGCUUGAGGAGCCCGACGAGACAGAGUGCAAGCAGCUGAAGGACGUUGAGAUUGUCGAUGUCAAGGGUCCGCUACAAGAAGUGCAAGAAUUGGCUAGCGCCGCCGUGGACACGGUGCUAUCAUCAAGGCGCCCUCAUUGA